CUUCAGCUGGUUGUGAGGACGAGACGGGCCGGGCCGGGGCCGUAAGCAGUGGCAACGUUCGGGCUCUGUCGGGUCGGAUGUCGCCGCUGCCUGAGGAAACAAGGGAAAUUACAGUACAAAAAGAAUUUAACCAGCUAUGGAACUUGCUCAUAGUUUGCUAUUAAAUGAAGAGGCUUUGGCUCAGAUCACUGAAGCAAAGCGACCAGUUUUUAUCUUUGAAUGGCUACGGUUUCUUGAGAAGGUGCUUGUAGCUGCUAACAAGACAGAUGUAAAAGAAAAACAAAAAAAGCUUGUUGAACAGCUAACGGGUCUUAUCAGCAGUUCUCCUGGACCACCAACAAGGAAGUUACUUGCUAAAAAUCUUGCUGCUCUAUACAGUAUUGGAGAUACUUUUACUGUUUUUCAAACACUUGAUAAAUGUAAUGAUAUCAUCAGGAGUAAAGACGAUACUUCUGCCUAUUUAUCAACCAAACUUACUGCAGUGGCAUGUGUUGGAGCAUUUUAUGAGAAAAUGGGGAGAAUGCUGGGCAGCUCUUUUCCUGAAACAGUUAAUAAUCUCUUAAAAUCUUUGAAAAGUGCUGAGUCACAGGGACGGAGUGAAAUAUUAAUGAGUUUACAAAAAGUCUUAAGUGGCCUCGGUGGUGCAGCAGCUUCUUGCCACCGUGAUAUUUAUAAGAAUGCCCGGUCUCUCCUGACAGACAGAGCUAUGGCUGUACGCUGUGCAGUAGCAAAGUGUCUACUAGAACUUCAAAAUGAAGCUGUGUUUAUGUGGACAGCAGAAUUAGAAAAUGUAGCAACUCUUUGUUUUAAGGCUCUGGAAAAUUCAAAUUAUGGUGUACGAGUUGCAGUAUCCAAACUUUUGGGGACAGUUAUGGCUACAGCACUGAUACCAAAGCAAGCAGCAGUGAUGCGCCAGAAUGUAAAAAAAGCUACAUUGGAAGAGGUUUUAGAACUCAUGGCCACUGGUUUUCUGCGAGGAGGAUCUGGAUUCUUAAAAAGUGGUGGAGAGAUGUUAAAAGUAGGAGGAUCUGUUAAUCGAGAAGUGCGAGUCGGGGUUACUCAGGCCUAUGUUGUCUUUGUCACAACCCUAGGAGGUCAGUGGCUGGAACGAAAUUUUGCAACCUUCUUGUCACACGUACUGGAUUUGGUUUCUCAUCCUCGUGCAACUCAAACUCACGUAGAAGCUGUCUACUCUCGAAGAUGUGUCUCAUUUAUCCUCAGAGCAACAGUAGGAAGUUUAUUGGGAGAGAAGGCACAGAUUGCUGCUGCUAAAGAUAUUUGUCAAGCUAUUGAUAAACAGAUGAAGGCAGUAGAAACAGUUGUGAAUGAUGCUAAUGUUGAAAACAAAUCAGGAGCAGCAGAAGUUGCAGCAAGUCAACAUGUAAUGGUUUGUGCUCUUCAAGAGCUUGGAAGUUUAGUUCAAAGCCUGAAUGCCACUGCAUCACCACUUAUACAGGAGCCUUCUAUAGGAUUGCUUGAGACUGUUACUUCAGUUCUUCUCCAUCCAAGUAUGGCUGCCCGACUUGCUGCUGCAUGGUGUUUGCGCUGUGUGGCUGUAGCUCUGCCUUUCCAAUUAACUCCUUUAUUGGACCGGUGUGCAGAAAGGCUUAACAACCUGAAGACCUCCCCAGAAGCUGUUAGUGGGUACAGUUUUGCAAUGGCUGCUUUGUUAGGUGGAGUUCAUCAAUGUUCUCUAGGUAUCCCUCAUGCCAAAGGAAAGAUGGUUGUUAGCAUUGCUGAGGAUCUCUUACGGACUGCUGCACAAAAUAGCAGACUGUCCUUACAGCGAACCCAGGCUGGGUGGCUUUUGCUGGGUGCACUAAUGACAUUAGGUCCUUCAGUUGUCCGCUACCAUCUUCCUAAAAUGUUAUUACUAUGGCGAAAUGUGUUUCCGCGUUCUCUAAAGGAAUUAGAAGCUGAAAAAGCUCGUGGAGAUUCCUUUACAUGGCAAGUAACACUGGAAGGACGUGCAGGAGCUCUCUGCGCUAUGAGGAGUUUUGUUGCCCACUGUCCUGAGCUUCUAACAGAAGAUGUUAUUCGAAAACUGAUGACACCUAUAGAAUGUGCUAUGACAAUGAUGUCUCACAUUCCUUCUGUAAUUAAAGCCCAUGGAGCACAUCUGAAGGCAAGUGCAGCAAUGGUUCGAUUAAGGCUUUAUGACAUUUUGGCUUUGUUACCACCAAAAACAUAUGAAGGAUCUUUUAAUCCACUUCUUCGGGAGCUGGUGGCAGAAUUUACUCUGACAGACAACUCUGCUAAUACAACUACAUCCCUGCUUAGAUCACUUUGCCAUUAUGAUGACAGUGUUCUUCUUGGCUCUUGGCUGCAGGAAACAGACCAUAAAUCAAUUGAAGAUCAGCUCCAGCCCAACAGUGCCUCAGGAAGUGGUGCACUAGAACAUGAUCCCUCCUCCAUUUACUUGCGCAUCCCAGCUGGAGAAGCAGUGCCAGGUCCUCUUCCGUUGGGAGUAUCAGUCAUUGAUGCCUCGGUGGCUCUCUUUGGAGUUGUUUUCCCUCAUGUGUCCUACAAACACAGGCUACAAAUGUUGGAUCAUUUUGCAGAAUGCAUCAAACAGGCAAAAGGUGUUCGUCAACAAGCGGUACAGCUUAAUAUUUUUACUGCUGUUCUCAGUGCACUAAAGGGCUUAGCUGAGAACAAAAGUACCUUAGGACCAGAAGAAGUCCGCAAGUCUGCUUUGACUCUUGUAAUGGGAGCACUUGACAAUCCUAAUCCCAUUUUGAGGUGUGCUGCAGGAGAAGCUCUGGGCAGAAUGGCACAGGUGGUUGGAGAAGCAACUUUCAUUGCCAGGAUGGCUCAGUACAGCUUUGAUAAGCUGAAAUCUGCUAGGGAUGUUGUAUCAAGAACUGGCCAUUCUUUGGCUCUUGGCUGUCUGCAUCGUUAUGUUGGUGGAAUAGGUUCUGGGCAGCAUUUGAAAACCAGUGUUAGCAUUCUGUUAGCACUGGCACAAGAUGGAACCUCUCCUGAAGUUCAGACGUGGUCUCUCCAUUCACUUGCUCUAAUAGUGGAUUCCAGUGGACCAAUGUACCGUGGAUAUGUAGAGCCAACCCUAUCUUUGGUCCUUACCUUACUUCUGACAGUGCCUCCAUCCCAUACAGAAGUACACCAAUGUUUGGGUCGAUGUCUAGGAGCUAUAAUAACCACUGUUGGUCCUGAGCUGCAAGGUUAG